AAAUGAGAGAAAAGUAUAUGGAAAAAGGUUCCAAGUCUACGCACGUCUGUUACUGAAAUGUCGACUUAGAAUUCAAGGUCUUCUCCAAUCAACUAAAACUGGAUGAUCCUUUCACUUUAUUUACUUACCACUCAAUUUUCUGAUAUUGAAUCCAGAGCAGAAUCAAUCUCAUCAAACAUUGAAACCUUGCCAUGGAAGAUCCCUCCAUUGUGAUUCCCAAGCUCCCAAACGACGUGAUCAUCGAAAUUCUCACCAGGCUACCAGUAAAACCCCUCUUGAAAUUCAAAUGCGUCUGCAAAUCAUGGCGAGCCCUAAUUUCCAGCACACAAUUCGUCGCAGCCCACCUCGAAUUCACAAAAUCAGCUCCAAAUCUCACUACCCACAGACUCAUUUUGAAGUAUCGAGGUAAUACUAUGAAGCAAUGUUCAGUUAAUUCCAUACUACACCAAUCUGUUCCCGAAGCAUUCGAUUUGAGUUGCUCACUUCUAUCUGAGAGAUAUCGAGUUUGGGUGGUGGGUUCUUGCAAUGGUUUAGUUUGCCUGUUGAUAGAUAAAAAUAAAAUGAUUUUGUGGAACCCAUCCACGGGAAUUUCCAAAAAACUGCCUGAUUUCGGCGUGGAAAUAAACGUUGGUCACAACUAUUAUACUUAUGGCUUAGGUUAUGAUAAAUCGAGUGAUGAUUAUAAAGUGGUGGGGUUUUUCAAUAGCAAUAGGGAUUUGUCUGAGGUGAUAGUGCAAGUUUAUAGUUUGAAGAAUGAUAAGUGGAAGAGGAUCGAGAAUUUCAAGGGGCGUUGGUCGAUGGAUGGUACAGCCACGUUUGCUAAUGGGAAGCUCUAUUGGAUUGCUAAUCAAGGUUAUGAGUUGGAAUCCGGUUCGGGUAUUUUGUCCGUUGAUUUGGAGACGGAGGAGUAUGAGAUACUGCAAAUGCCGAGCUAUGUGAAGAGUGGCUAUUACUCGGGGUUGGGAGGAGCGUGGGAGGGGUCGUUGCACGUGCUGUGCAGCCAUAUGGAGAGCGCGGAUGUGUGGAUCAUGGACGUGGGAGGAGGGGAUUGGACGAAGGUGGCUACAAUUCCCUACACUGAUGAUUUCUUGAAGAAUACUUAUAAGAGUGCAUUGUAUGUGCUUAAGGAUGGUCGGGUCCUGUUGCUUUGUGGUUCGAGUUUUGUGAUAUUUGAUGCAAAGGAUUGCUCGUUUAGGUAUCCGGAGGUUGGGGACUCGGGUGAACUCGUUCGAGUCGGUGCUUAUCUUGAAAGUUUAGUCUCACCGGUGGGAUGAUAGUGGUAGAUGUUGUUUGUGGUUCGCGAUUGCAUUGCUGGAACGUUAUAUUUCCGUCUUGUUGUGAUUGUAAUCUACUACUGUAUGUAGCAAAGUGGCAUUCUCUCAUCAGUAUUCUGUGAAGUCUUUUUUAUAUCUUUUGGUUCUGUAUGUGUAGGAGUAUAUUAUUGUAAUGUAUGCACAAUAAUUGAUGGAGAUAUUGUUUGCUAGCAUAUUCUACACAUUUUGCUGCAUAAAUAAAGGGUCAAUAAUGGUGAUUUACUGACAA